AUGGCUGGGGAUGCAGUGGCAUCUUUGAAGUCCAACCAAGCUCUAAAGGCUCCACAGAGUCUGCUUCAGUCACCUGCGUGCUUAGAACUUUGGUUAAUUUUCCAGAUGUUGUCUCAUAUUCAGAAAAGUAUUUCUCAACUCCUUUCUUCCAUUCUCAUAUGUCUGCUGCUACAGCUUCCAGUCUCUGGGCACAGGACAGAGAAUCUUCCUUGCUUCCACCAGAUUAAUCCCAUUGUUUCCUGAGAUGGAGACCUGGUGAUUGGGAUCUUUUUAGCCUUGUUCUCUGUUGAAGUGAACAGUAUAACAGGAGAGGAACUGUUUGAAAGUCCACCUCACAAAACCUGUAAGCCUUAUCAGUGGCUGCACAAAAAUUACCAGCAGGCCCUGGCUCUAGUGUUUGCUAUAGAGGAGAUUAACAGGGAUCCUAAUCUAUUGCCCAAUAUUUCCCUGGGAUUCCACCUCUACAACACCUACCACAGUGAUGAGAGAACCUUGGAGAGCUCUCUGCAGUGGCUGUCUGGACAGGGCCAGUUCAUCCCUAGCUACAGCUGCUGGGAGCAGGACAAGUCUGUGGCUGUUAUUGGAGGAGCCACAUCAGCUCUUCUGCUUGACCUCUACAAGUUUCCACAGAUCAUCUAUGGUCCAUUUGAUUCCAUUCUUAGUGACAAGGUCCAGUUUCCUUCCCUCUAUCAGAUGGUCCCCAAGGACUCUUCUCUUCACCAAGGUGUUGUCUGCUUAAUGGUAUAUUUUGCAUGGAAUUGGAUAGGUCUGAUUGCCUCAGAUGAUAUGAGAGGCAAGGAGUUCUUCUGGGAAAUUAGAGGGGAAAUGGUAAAGAAUGGCAUUUGUGUGUCAUUCACAGAGAAGAUCCCUGUCAGUGAGAGAAGACAUAUGGAAUCACACCCCCCCUUCGUACCCAGGAUCUUAGCAUCAUCGACCAAGGUGACUGUCGUCCACGGUGACACAGAGUCAUUAAUGAUUCUGAGAUACCCACAAGUUCCUCUUUUCCCGACAUGGAAGGUGUGGAUCGCCACUUCUCACUGGGAUGUCACCAGGAGACCCUUCUAUGGUGACGGUUAUAAUGUCCAUGGGACUCUCACAUUUUCAUACUUGGCAACUGAAAUUCCUGGGUUUAAGACUUUUCUUAAGACAGUCACACCUUCUAAAUACCCAGGUAACAUUUUACUUAAGGGAUUCUGGCUCUCAGCUUUUAGAUGUCCAGAUCAACCAGAAAAUCCAAAGCAAGAGAUAUGUUCACCAAAUGUAUCCUUGGAAACUUUGCCUUUGCGCUCCUUUGAUAUAGCCACAUCUGGGUUGAGUUAUGUUAUCUACAAUACUGUCUAUGCUGUGGCUUGGGCUCUCCAUGAAAUGCUUAUGAGAAAAUCACAGCAAAAGCUAAUGGAAUACGAAGACUAUUUAGAACCUCCUUCUUGGAAGCUGCACUCCUACCUGAAGAACGCCCAAUUUAACAACAGUGCUGGUGACCAGGUGUUUGUGGAAUGGAAUAGACGCUCUGAGGCUCGAUGCACCAUUAUGAAUUACGUGUUCUUUCCUAAUGAGACUGAUGCUCUGGUGAAUGUGGGGCAAUUUGUCCCCAAAGCUCCACUUCAUCAAGAUUUCACAAUUUGUGCAGAUGCCGUAGUGUGGGGCUGGUGGGAUUCAAGGGUGCCACGUGGAGUAUGCAGUGACAGUUGUCAUGCUGGAUUCAGGAAGAUCCCUUUGGAGGAGCAAGCUGCCUGCUGCUUUGACUGUUCCCCAUGCCCAGAAGGGGAGAUCUCCAGUCAGAGGGGGUAUAUUAGAAUCCCAACACACUGCCUAAAGCAAGAUGUGCAAGCUCUCCUUGAUUCAAGUCUUUGUUGGGACCUGAAAAGAGAGAAGCAUGUGGGAGGAAGAAGAAUGUCUAGGAAAGAGACAGUCUGUCUCCUCCAACAAACAGUAUUUGGAGUUGCGUUCACAGUGGCUGUUUCCUCCAUUUUGACCAAAACCAUCAUAGUGGUUCUGGCUUUCAGGGUUACAAGGCCAGGGAGUAGGAUCCAGAUGCUGAUACAUCCUAAAGUGUCUAACUAUGUUGUUCUCAUCUGCUCAGAGAUUCAAGGGAUUUCCUGUGGCAUCUGGUUGGGAACCUAUCCUCCUUUUGCAGAGGCAGACACACACUCAGAAUCUGGCCACAUAAUCCUUAGAUUUGAUGAGGGCUCUAUCUUUGCUUUUCAUUGUAUCCUGGGCUACAUAGGCUUUCUGGCCCUGGGAAGCUUUACUGUAGCUUUCUUGGCCAGGAACCUGCCUGAUACCUUCAAUGAAGCCAAAUUUAUCACUUUCAGCAUUCUAGUGUUUUGCAGUGUCUGGGCGACUUUCCUUCCCACAUAUCACAGCACCAAAGGGAAGGCCAUGGUGAUUGUGGAGAUCUUCUCCAUCUUGGCCUCCAGUGCUGGGUUACUGGGCUGCCUUUUUAUUCCCAAAUGUUAUGUGAUCCUCCUGAAGCCAGAUAGAAAUACCCAGGAGCAGAUCAAGAAUAAAUGGGAUUCCAGAGGCAAGAUUUCUUCUAGAGCACAGCCUUACACUUCCAGUUCUGAGAAUAGCCUGCAUUAG